AUGGGAUUUGCAAUCAUAUGGUCAAAUAUCAAACAGAAAGUCUCUGAUGAACUCUAUGCACGUGCCAUUAAAAUUGUCAAUGAUGAUACACCGGAAAUAGAAAAGACCUUUACUGAAAUUAACGAUAGGCUCACUGCAAAAGUUAACGCGAAUAUUUCCAAUUUUAAUUCAUCAUUCACUGCAGAAAUCAGUAGAAUUUAUGCCGAAAUCAAUGGUAAACUUAAUGCAGAAGCUAAAAAGAUCAAGGCAUGUGAUGAUGACUUCAGUAAGGAGGUGCAGAAAAUUCUAUCAAUGAUCAACAACGUGACCACAAGACUUAAUAAUAUCGAAGAAGCCUGCUGUAAUGAUUUUGCCUCAGUUAAUGCUUCUAUCGAUGCUCUCCAAAACGGAUUAAUUCAAUAUUAUGCAAUUGCCAGAAGAAAUCAGCCAGUCUAA